AUGGGACCACCCAGGGGAGUGAAGCGUCGCGAGGGGGGGCAGAAGCGGAAGCUGGGGCGCAACCCCCGCGUCCCCUUCUCCUCGACGCAGCUGGCGGCUCUCGAGGCACGCUUCAGGCAGUCGCAGUACCUGUCCUCGUGUGACGUGGCGGAACUCUCGUCGCUUCUCAAUCUCACGGAGACGAGGGUAAAGAUCUGGUUCCAGAAUCGGCGCGCCCGCGAGCGCCGCGACCGCGAGGCGCGUGCCAAGGGCCUGGCUCCGCCCCCUUCCUCAGGCAGCGCCCAGAUCCCUUCGACGUCGUGCUCCGGCGGUCCGCUGCCUCCUUCCGCCUUGGCACUCUACCAGUUCACUGCCGCCCUCGCUCCCGGUUCCGCCUCCGCCUUCACGCCCGUCAUGCCCCGCCCACUUAGGGAUGUCCCGCCCUCAAAGCACACAGACUCCUCCCUCGACCCGCCCACUCGCGGCGACGGCGCUGAGGUGACUCCGCCCACCUCCUCCCUUCACGGUGUGGUCGCCAUGGAGACGGAGAUCGACGCCGAGCAAGGCGCGCUCGCGACGCCUGCGAUCGCCAUGCCCGACGGGUUGCGACAUGCCCUGCCCCGUGGAAUGAUAACGGUGACGUCGACCGGCCGGUGCGAAGUGUCUCCCUCACGCGCUGCGAAUAAGAGUGACAUGUCGGUCUCCCUUGCGCUGCCGCAGCAUGAGACUUCGCCGCGCAAAACCAUAUCGCCAUCUCCUUGA